AUGGCUGCAAUAUUACGCUAUCGAGAUAAGUUGCAACCGCAUGUGAACUCAAUUAUCCCUGAAGAGCAUGCUACAUCCCUUCAAUACCACGGUAGCCAAAGCUUAAUGGGAAGUAUACAAAGUCUGGCGAAAACAGCUGCCGGAAUAACCUAUAAACUGCUUAGAGCGAUGAUAAAGCGGUAUGCGCAAAGAAGACUUAAUGUCAGAUUAAAAAGAGAAACACACGAAAAACAAGCACAAUUUAUGCUUCUAGUGCUUCAAAAGCUCCCAUUUUUAUAUAACAAGUCACAAGAGGUUGAAAAGUACCAUUGGAUUAAGAUUGCUUACGAACUUAAAAAAAGAGGACAGUUGAUACCUGAUUUAAUAAGAUAUCAGGUUGGACCAACUUUCUUUGUCAGCUUCGGGUCAAUUGCUAACCAAAUUAAACGGGAAUUCUUCUUGAUGGUUCUUAGUAACGAUAGAAGCUAUCCUCCUAUAAAUUUUCGGCGGAAAAACUUUGAAGACAGCCACUCUCUGGUAAGAAUAAAGACUAGACAAGAAACCUUGAAUGAGACUUAUGAAUUCUUUACGUUUGAAGAAAUGAGACAAAUCAUCUUAAGCGGUGACCGUAUUAGUUCAGAUUAUGAUAAAGAAUCUUUGGGAGGAAAAGAAGAGGACAAAGAUAUACUCUCAGACUGGUACAACAGUUGGGGGUGGGUUUAUGAGACGGGUCUGGAGUGUUAUCGAGCUCUAUGUAUGGAAGAAAGCAAUUAUGUUUUAGAAUUGACGGUGUUGGACUAUCUAAAGCAAAUGCAACUAUCAAAGGCUUUACUUCAAGGAACGGAAAGCUCCAAAAAUUGCACUUUAAAUGACUUAAUACUGGAAAAAGAAACCUUAAUCAAUGAAGUAUAUUUGCCUGAAGUAAGAUUGAAGAAAAAAAGUGUUGGAGAGGAAAUGAAAGCAUGUAAGAAGAACUCACAAAGAUAUUAUGAUCUUAUGAAUUAUUGA